AAGUGGUGCGGGGUAUAUCAGCCGGAGGACUGUCAGACUGCCUCAAAGUGGUCCACGGACUCACCGGGACUUGCCCUCGCCUUCUAAACUUGUCCCGUUUCUAACCAAAAACUGCUUUCCAGCGUCCCACAUGCCGCUGCUCGACGUCGUACCGGACUUGGAGCGCUUGGCCGCCGACCGGGUGGUCCCGGCGCUGCUGGAGCGGGGCUUCUGCUGCGUGGACGGGCUCCUCGGGGAGCGGGCCGGCGACGCCGUGCUGGAGCAGGUCAAGGACCUGCACCGGACCGGGGCCAUGGACGACGGCCGUCUGGCGGGCUCCGGACCCGCCGGCCCGCCCGCGGGCGUCCGGGGCGACAAGAUCGCGUGGGUCAGCGGCGCCGAGCGGGAAUGUGACGCCAUCAGCGCCCUCCUCAGGAGGCUCGAUCACGUGAUCACGGUGUGCGCGCGCAGCCUCGUCGGACGGUCGAUAACGGAGCGAUCCAAGGCCAUGGCGGCGUGUUACCCGGGAAACGGUGCGGGCUACGUCAAGCACGUGGACAACCCCAACAGUGACGGGCGCUGCAUCACCUGCAUUUACUACCUCAACAAGAACUGGAAGGCCCAGGAAGACGGCGGCGUCCUGCGCAUCUUUCCAGACGGGAAGUCGUGCGCGGUGGACAUCGAGCCGCACUUUGACCGCCUGCUGGUGUUCUGGUCGGACCGCAGGAACCCUCACGAGGUGCUGCCUUCCUACGCCGCCAGGUACGCCGUCACCGUCUGGUACUUUGACUCUGACGAGCGAGCUGAGGCCAGGAGACGCUUCGCACGCCCUGCUGGCUGUGAUGUGCGCAGCAGCUGAUUGGUGUAACACUCCCCCCUGCUGGAGGUUGAUUGGUGUAACACUGCCCCCUGGUGGAGGUUGAUUGGUGUAACACUCCCCCCUGCUGGAGGUUGCAGAGAACUGCAGCAAGACAGAACUGGUGUAACACUCCCCUCUGGUGGAGGUUGAUUGGUGUAACACUGCCCCCUGGUGGAGGUUGAUUGGUGUAACACUCCCCCCUGCUGGAGGUUGCAGAGAACUGCAGCAAGACAGAACUGGUGUAACACUCCCCUCUGGUGGAGGUUGAUUGGUGUAACACUGCCCCCUGGUGGAGGUUGAUUGGUGUAACACUCCCCCCUGCUGGAGGUUGCAGAGAACUGCAGCAAGACAGAACUGGUGUAACACUCCCCUCUGGUGGAGGUUGAUUGGUGUAACACUGCCCCCUGGUGGAGGUUGCAGAGAACUGCAGCGAGACAGAACAAGUCAGCCUUUGACGUUGGAGGCGUGGCUUAACCCUGUGCUGUCGUCUGAUUGGCUGGCUGGCGCACGGUACACCCCUGCCCCCCCACCCUUCUGCACGUUGACCUUUGACCUACCAAGAGCCAAGACGGUCCAGGUGCUGUGAGGUCACAGUGGUGUCAUGUGACUCUUGGAUGACGUCAUGGCCCCGCCCACUGCUGCUGCGGACAAGCAUGAGUGUUGUUGCAUGGAAGAUAUAGCCUAGUCG